AUGAAUCUCAACGUCAAAAGAACUCUAGACUUGAAUGUCGAAGCAGGAGUUAGGAUUAACAAGAGUUUUCGUUCCUUGGUUUGUGCAACUGGAGGUUAUGAGAACAUGGAGUUUGUCGAACACGAUGUUAGAAAUUAUGUGGCCAAACAAAGAAGAGCCUUAUCAAAAGAUGGUGAUGCUAAGACACUCUUAAAUCAUUUCUCUUCCAUGAGAGAAUUAAAUAAGGAUUUUUUUGACGACAUUGAUGUGGAUGACGACAACCGCAUACUUAAUGUGUUUUGGGCUGAUGCACGAAGUAGGGCAGCUUGUGAGUAUUUUGGUGAUGUCAUUUCUUUUGACUCAACAUACUUAACGAAUAAGUACGACAUGUCAUUUGCUCCUUUCGUUGGUGUUAACCAUCAUGGCCAAUCUAUAUUGUUAGGUUGUGGUUUGUUAUGUUCAGAGGACACAGAUUCAUUUGUUUGGCUAUUUAAUUCAUGGCUUCGGUGCAUGUCCAAUAGACCACCCGAAGGAAUUGUUACGGAUCAGUGCAAAGCAAUGAAGAAAGCCAUUUCUUUAGUGUUUCCUAACACUCGUCAUAGGUGGUGCUUAUGGCAUAUAAUGAAAAAAAUACCUGAGAAGUUACAGAGUUAUGCAGCUUACAAAGAUAUCAAGCGCGAACUUAAGGAAGUUGUGUACAAUUCUGAUUCAGUUGAUAAUUUUGUUUAUGGAUGGGAGAGGAUGAUAACAACCUUUUCACUUCACAAGAAUGAAUGGCUUUCUUCACUUUACGAAGAACGUCAUAGGUGGGUUCCUUGUUACUUGAGAAACAGUUUUUGGGCUGGCAUGUCAACAACUCAAAGAAGCGAGAGCAUGAAUGCAUUCUUUGAUGGAUAUAUUAACUCACGCACUACUCUUCAAGAAUUUGUUAAACAAUAUGACAAUGCACUACAACACAAGACAGAGAAAGAGACCCAAGCUGACUUCACAUCAUUAAACACAACUCUUCCAUGCGGUUCACAAUCACUCAUAGAGCGGCAAUUCCAAAAGCAUUACACACAUGCUAAGUUUACAGAAAUACAGUCAGAAUUUAGAGGUAAAAUUAAUUGUUUCGUUGAUGGCGUCGUGGUACAAGAUAAUUCGUCACUGUACAAGGUCAUGGAGGACUUCAUUCAUAAUGAAAUAAGGGAAGAGAGAGCAUUCAAGGUUACAUUUCAGCGAGACACAAUGGAUGUUAAUUGUAGUUGUUUGCUUUUUGAGUUUAGGGGCAUUAUAUGUAGACAUUGUGUUUGUGUUUUGGCCCAAGAGCGAGUGAUACAGGUUCCAGCUAAGUACAUACUCACAAGAUGGUGUAAAAGUGUCCGCAGAAAGCACACGUAUAUUAGAGCAACAUACAACAACAAGGAAAAGGACCCACAUAUUGAACGGUAUGAUGAGUUAAUGAAGACUUUUGGAAAUAUUGCUGAGAUUGCUUGUGACUCAGUACACAUGACACAAUUAUUGGUUGACAACCUUAGUUCAUUUGUAAACAAGCAUGACCUACAAAUUUCAUCUUCACCAUACGUCGACAACAAUAGCCACAUACAAGAAGAACACCUGUAUGAUAGUAACAUAGUCCAUGAUGUAGACACCACUACAAACACUGCUCAAAUCCAAAGCCCCAAAAGUGUGAAGCGAAAGGGUCGACCUAAGACAAGAAGGUUGAAGUCAACAACUGAGACAAUCAAAAGAAAGAAACCAUCAACAAAAGGCACUAAUCAAACAUCCAAUGCUAUUGGUGUAAGUAAUUAUGUUAUUAAUUUUUACUGUGUUUAG